AAAAGCAAAGAGACUGCGCAUCAAUUCUAAAAUUCAUACCCAACACAAAAGGGAAAGAUGGCGUCUACUCUAUAUACCCUGAUAUGAAGACAAAGAAACUGGUGUACUUUGACAUGACUACAGAGGGAGGUGGUUGGACGAUUAUCAAUAGGCGGAUUGACGGAUCAGUAGAUUUUUAUAGAUCCUGGGAUUCGUACAAAGAAGGAUUCGGUAAUGUGGAUGGAGAAUAUUGGUUAGGAAAUGAAGCUAUUCACUUACUCACUAAAGGGAAAGAACAUGAAGUGAGAGUAGACCUUCAGAAAUUUACGGGUGAAAAAGCAUUUGCCAAGUAUUCAAAGUUUUCUGUCGGAAGCGAGUCCCAAAAAUUCAAAUUGACAGCAACUGGGUACAGUGGUACUGCAGGUGAUAGUUUGAAACAUCGUACUGGAAGACCGUUCUCUACGAAGGAUGCAGACAAUGAUUCUUGGAAGACUUCCUGUGCUGUUCGUGGUAAAGCUGGCUGGUGGUUCGGAUCUUGUGAUGACUCUAAUCUGAACGGACCUUUUCUCAAAUCUGCCGUCAAAACGGAUGAGAGUAUUAACUGGGACAAAUUUGGAAAAGGGUUUUCAUUGAAGGCUGCAAAAAUGAUGAUCAGACCCGUAAAAUAAAUAAAUCA